AUGAUCGAGACCAACAUUGACAUUCUGUGCCCUUCUCAAUCUGCUGUUACCAUUGACAACCCUUCCAUUGACGACAACAUUAAGGUUCAGACAACGCAUGUCCAAGAUUAUAUCGGGAAGCUAUUGUUGGCGCUCAAUGUAAGAGCAUCGCUACUUGCCAAUGCCGAACGACUCGACCUUGCCCUAAACGACGCCAUGGUUAUGAUGACUCUAGUACCAUCUUCACCCUUGGGGUAUCUCCGUGCCAGUGAUAUUCAUUCGCUUCGAGGACAGUACGCGAUAGCAACCGAGACUCUUAAUGAUGGAUUGAAACGAGUAUCAGCUUCUGAACCACAAUACGCACAACUUGUCAAUGCACGAGAGGUAGCCUACAACAAGAGCAUCAAGCGUAUAGACUUUAUCAGCAUGCUACCAUUGGAUAUCGUGACAAGCAACAUUAUACCAAGGGUAUUGCAAGGUCGAUCCAUAUUUCAGAUUGGGAGGCCAUGCUACUAUAUCGAUGUGUGUCGUACCUGGCGACACCGAAUCCCGUUAGUGGAUGGGUUGAAGUAUGAGAUUGGACCAGCAGAUUUACUCGAGGAUGGGUUUGAACGUGUAGAGGAUCUUGCACCUUUUAUGAGAUCAUUGACAGUCGUCCAACCCGACAAGGAGAUCUUAUCCAAAAUCACUCAACGGCAUCCCUUACGAUUGAACAUGUUGAAAGAAUUGAGGAUUAUUGAAUCUAUUCGAAGGGGAUCCUCUCUUUUGCUUUCAUCUCUACGUUUAUUAAGCGACACAGUAACGGAUCUCAGAAUUGAAUAUGGCUACAAUAAAUCACCAAAGAUGCGUUAUCGGCUAUGCGACAUUUUGGAGGCAUGCCCUAAUCUUGAAUCAAUACGAAUGGAUGAUGGAGAUAUUGACAUGGCGUCUGUGACCAAGGCAUACCCCAAGGUCAUCAAGUUGGAAUUGUUGAACAUGCAGAACAGAGUGAAACUAGACAACGUGUCAGCUCUUUUGCAACCAUUUCCUCGGCUACGUCUCUUAAAAAUCGCCCCUGGGUUAUCUGAAUCUUUCUUCCUUCCCAUUAUUGAUCAGCAUUGUCCAUUAUUGGAGGAGCUAAUCUUGUGGGGUCGAUCUCCACAUUCUUUUGGCAACUUCGACGCGCCAGAGAGAAAAGGUUUACGUGCUUUGAUUGUUCCCACCACGCAACAUGGUGACAACUUCAAGGAGGAUGACAUUGUGCAAUACCUGAUGAAACACAGCGAGACCUUGGAGACGUUUGGUGUCGUGGCAACAAGAGGAUUUGGAAAACCAAAGAGUUUACUGCAACAUGCGUCAAGUCAAAAAGUAACCUUCAAACGAUUGCGUCAAAUCCAUUAUCCACCUGAUGUUGAUGAAAGCCUUGUUUCAUUUCUCUUGUGGGUGAUACAACAUGCCCCUCAUCUUGAAUUUGUCGAUACUGUUGCGGGUCAUCAACAAACACGCAUCAUGCAAGAAUUGAUUCGACCUGAGCAUGCCCAUAUCAAGCGCCUUGGUAUGGAAGUCAGGCCCUCUCGAUUCCACAAAGAAGAGGAAUUCAUUCAACACCAUAUGAGACUUGGACAACAAUCAAAUCUGACGGAGAUGAAGAUCUAUUUGCCACCACAAUAUCUCCAUGACUCAUGGCUGCGGCUGAUUCCUCGAUUAACACAGCUGGUCACGCUUGAGUUUUGCGCCAUACUAAAUCACCUUGCGUUUAAAUCCUUAUCUCCUCUCAUGGAAAAGCUCGCUGAUGGAUGUCCUGCUCUGGAACAGCUCACAAUGACAAGCAACCUUCACGUUAUACGUCUGAGUGAUCUAUAUCCCAUGGAUCGUCACCGCAACCUAAAAGGUAUUGUCAUCAAUUGUCAAGAGAUGCUUGGUGAUACGUCCACGUUUAGACAGCGUUUCACGAAUAUCGAGUCAUUGCAUCUCACCCUUUGUAGAUAUAGACUAGAAGACAUUGAUGAUUUAGAAAAGGGAUCCUUCAAAUUUGUAUUUACAGAAAGGCUGUCUGGUCUUCCUUACUUCCUUAGAAACUCUCUAAGAUAG